UUUUUUUUUUUUUUUUUUGAGACGGAGUCUCGCUCUGUCACCAGGCUGGAGUGCAGUGGUGCAAUCUCAGCUCACUGCAACCUCCGCCUCCUGGUUCAAGCGAUUCUCCUGCCUCAGUAGCUGGGAUAUAGGCGCGUGCCACCACGCCCAGCUAAUUCUUGUAUUUUUAGUAGAGACAGGAUUUCACGAUGUUGGCCAGGCUUGUCUUGAUCUCUUGACUUCAUGAUCACCUGCCUUGGCCUCCGAAAGUGCUGUGAUUACAGGCGAGAGCCACUGUGCCCGACCACAAUUUUUUUUUUUUUUUUUUUUUUUCUGAGACGGAGUUUCGCUCUUGUUACUCAGGCUGGAGUGCAAUGGCGCGAUCUCGGCUCGCCGCAACCUCCACCUCCUGGGUUCAGGCAAUUCUCCUGCCUCAGCCUCCCGAGUAGAUGGGACUACAGGCCCGCACCACCAUGCCCAGCUAAUUUUUAUACUUUUAGUAGAGACGGUGUUUCACCAUGUUGACCAGGAUGGUCUCGAUCUCUUGACCUUGUGAUCCACCUGCCUCGGCCUCUCAAAGUGCUGGGAUUACAGGCGUGAGCCACCGCACCUGGCCCCUACUGAUCACAAUUUUUAAAGUCUAGAGUGAGGUUCCCUCAUACUAUCUGCACAUUUCCGUGCCCCUCCUCAGCAGGAAAACCUGGCUGCUUUUUGCAACAUGUAAAUACAAGUAAACAAUAGCUGUAAAUUUUCUCUCUUUCCCCAAAAGGUUGGAAUGAUAGCCUAUUCAUUUUCUUUUUACUUAAUUUUUUGGGGGAUGUCUUUUUUUUUUUUAGAUGGAGUUUCGCUCUUGCUGCCCAGGCUGGAGUGCAGUGGUGUGAUCUUGGCUUGCUGCAACCUCCUUCUCCUGGGUUCAAGCGACUCUCCUGCCUCAGCCUCUUGAGUAGCUGGGAUUACAGGCAUGUGCUGCCACACCCAGUUACUUUUUUGUAUUUUUGGUAGAGAUGGGGUUUCACCAUGUUGACCAUGCUGGUCUUGAACUCCUGCCCUCAGGUGAUCCGCCCACCUCAGCCUCCCAAAGUGCUGGGAUUACAGGUGUGAGCCACUGUGCCCGGCUGGGGAUAUCUUUCCAUGUUAAAAUUUAAAGAGCUUCUGCUGUCUUGUGUAGCAGCAUAGUAUUAGGGAAUGUGCUUGGUACGUUUGGAAAAACGGAAUGAGCAAGGGUGGCUGGAGGGAAAAAAGGAGAGAUUGUGGGGACAUGAGCGUGGGGAGGUGAUGGGGGCACAUCCUGCUGGGCCUCGUGGCCUCCUCCUGAGGUUUUUUUCUGAGGCAGAUGGGAGCCAUGGAGGAUUCUGAUCGGAGGGUCGAGACUUGGACUCAGGUGCUCACAGGCGCCCUCUGGCCGCGGUGGAGGGAAUAGACUGUGGGGGAUGGGUGGCCAGGGCGGGAGCUGGGAGACCUGGAAGGAAGUGACUGCGCUGAUCCAGAUAGGGGGACAAGGAGUUGGUGAGAAGCUGGCGGAUUCUGGGUAGAUUCUGGAGCUGACCGGAGUUACUGUCAUAUAAGAUUGGGAGCGGGUAUGGGCGUUAGAGAAAGAGAUCGGUCAAGGGUGCUCCAAAGUUUGUAGCCUUCGCACCUGGCAGGACAGAGCUGUGGUUAUCUGGGUCUAGAGGACAGCAGAAGGGCAGAUUGGGGACAGUCAGGAGCUGGAUGUAGGGGGCUGGGUGGGAAGCACGCCCGCUACUCCAGGCUGGAUGUCUGGGAGGCGCGUGUUCUGGGUACGGCCGCCACGCAGUCCCGGGAGCCGCCGCCAGAGGGCGAGCACGCCGCAUCGCAUUCGUGGCUCCGUGGAGGGCAGGGCGCGGGAAGGUCCGGCCUCACCUCUUCCCACGGCCCUGGUGGCCUUCAAGCUCCUCACUUGGGUGCGAGAUAGAAGUGCCGGGACCCAGCCAGGAACCCCCCAGGCACCUCAGGGGCCCCAAAGCCUGGGAUGCGACUCUCAUCCUAUCUGCUUCUAACGCUCCCAACCUCCACCCCCCACCACCAGGCUGUUCCCACCGCCUCCAGAGCCAUCUCAGGUGUCUGUAAAAAUGGCACCUACUCGGGGAGGACUUCCCUGAUCACCCCGGAGACAGAAGCCCCCGCCCUGACCCCUCUAAGGUACAUCCCAUAUUAAUAGCUUCUUAAGACUCUAAAAUCAUUUAUUAUUAUUAUUAUUAUUUUAAUUUUUUUGAGACGGAGUUUCGCUCUUGUUACCCAGGCUGGAGUGCAAUGGCGCGAUCUCGGCUCACCGCAACCUCCGCCUCCUGGGUUCAGGCAAUUCUUGUGCCUCAGCCUCCUGAGUAGCUGGGAUUACAGGCAUGUGCCACCGUGCCCAGCUAAUUUUUUUUUUUUUUUUUUUUUUUGUAUUUUUAGUAGAGACGGGGUUUCACCAUGUUGACCAGGAUGGUCUCGAUCUCUUGAUCUCGUGAUCCACCCACCUCGGCCUCCCAAAGUGCUGGGAUUACAGGCUUGAGCCACCGAGCCCGGCCCAUUUUUAUUAUUAAUUAUUAUUAUCAUCAUUAUUUUUGAGAGGGUCUCAUUGUUACCCAGGCUGGAGUGCAGUGGCAUGAUCUGGCUUACUGCAACCUCCGCCUCCCGGGUUCAAGCAAUUCUCGUGCCUCAAUAUCCCGAGGCAGCUAGGGUUACAGCGUGCCACCACGCCCAACAAUUUUUUCUUUUUCACUUUUUGAGAUGGAGUUUUGCUCUUGUUGCUCAGGCUGGAGUGCAAUGACGCCAUCUUGGCUCACUGCAACCUCCGACUCCUGGGUUAAAGUGAUUCUCCUGCCUCAGCCUCCAGAGUAGCUGGGAUUACAGGCAUGCGCCACCUCGCCCAGCUAAUUUUGUAUUUUUAGUAGAGAUGGGGUUUCUCCAUGUUGGUCAGGCUGUUCUUGAACUCCUGACCUCAAGUUAUCUGGUCACCUCAACCUCCCAAAGUGCUGAGAUUACAGGCAUGAGCCAUCGAAUUAUUAUUAUCUUUUAUUGUCUGUUUUCUGCACAGUGUAAAAUCCAUGGCAGUGAGGACCCAUUUUCUGUCUUGUUCUCCUGUAUCCUCAGGGCUCAGAAUUGAGUCUGGCCUAUACCGAAUGUUAAAGAAAAUAAAACAGCUGGGCACGGUGGUGUGCGUCUCUAAUCCCAGGCACGGUGGUGUGCGUCUCUAAUCCCAGGCACGGUGGUGUGCGUCUCUAAUCCCAGGCACGGUGGUGUGCGUCUCUAAUCCCAGGCACGGCGGUGUGCGUCUCUAAUCCCAGGCACGGCGGUGUGCGUCUCUAAUCCCAGGCACGGUGGUGUGCGUCUCUAAUCCCAGGCACGGUGGUGUGUGUCUUUAAUCCCAGCGCUUUGCGAGGCUGAGGCAGGAGGAUCACUUGGGGCCAGCAGUUUGAGACAAACCUGGUAACAUAGUAAGACCCCGUCUCUACAAAAAAUUUAAAAAUCAGCCAGCCAUGGUGUCAUGCACCUGUGGUGUCAGCUAUUCAGUGUGGUUGAGGCAGGAGGAUUCCUUGAGCCUGGGAGGUCGAAGCUGCAGUGAGCUGUGAUUGUGCCACUGCACUCCAGCUUGGGUGACAGAACAAGACCCCAUCUCAACAAUAACAACAAAAACCAAACAAAUAAACAAAAAAGGCCAGGUGCGGUGGUUUAUGCCUAUAAUCCCAGCACUUUGGGAGGCCAAGACCGGCGGAUUGCCUGAACUCAGGAGUUCAAGACCACCCUGGGCAACAUGGUGAAACCCCAUAUCUACUAAGAUACAAAAAAAAAAAUUAGCCAGGCAUGGUGGGUGGCAGGGGCCUGUAGUCCCAACUACUCGGGAGGCUGAGGCAGGAGAAUCACUUGAACCCAGAAUGGGAGGUUUCAGUGAGCUGAGAUCAUGCCAUUGCACUCUAGCCUGGGUGACAGAGGGAGACUGUCUCCGAACACACAUACACGCAAAAGAAGAAGAAAAAGAGGGCUGGGCUUGGUGGCUCACGCCUGUAAUCCCAGCACUUGGGGAGGCUGAGGCUUGUGGAUCACGAGGUCAGGAGAUCGAGACCAUCCUAGCCAACAUGGUGAGACACCGUCUCUACUAAAAUACAAAAAAUUAGCCGGGUGUGAUGGUGCGCGCUGUAGUCCCAGCUAUCGGGAGGCUGAGGUAGGGGAAUUGCUUGAACCCAGGCAGCAGAGGUUAUGGUGAGCCAAGGUCACGCCACUGCACUCCAGCUUGGAGACAGAGCAAGACUCUGUCAGAAAGGAAAGAAGGAAAGAAGAAAGGAAGGAAAAGAAAGAAAAAAAGGAAAACAAAAGUCAGACAAGAUAGCCUCCAGUGCCUAUAAUCCCAGCAUUUGAGACUAGCCUGGGCAACAGAGUGAGACACUGUGCCACAUAAAGAGAAAAUAUAUAAAAAAAGAACUGGCUGUGCAUGGUGGCUCACGCCUGUAAUCCCAGCACUUUGGUAGGCUGAAGUGGGUGGAUUGCUUGAGGUCAGGAGUUUCAGACCAGCCUGGCCAAUAUAGUGAAACCUGUCUGUAUUACAAAUACAAAAAUUAGCUGGGUGUGCUUGUUCACAUCUGUAAUCCCAGCUACUCAGGAGGCUGAGGCAGGAGAAUCACUUGAACCCAGGAGGUGGAGGUUACAGUGAGCCAAGACCAUGCCACUGCACUCCAGCCUGGGUGACAGAGCAAGACUCCAUCCACCCCCACCAAAAAAAAAAAAACAAAAAACAGAACAAAAAACCCAGCAGCAAUAAUGUUAAUCAUAGCUGAUUCAUGGUGUUACUGUUUAGGAAUCUCUGUUUUAAGCUCCUUACAUAAAUUACCGCCUUAGUUCCUCAGAACAAGCCAGUGAGGUAGGAACUGUUUUAUCCCUCAUAUUACAGAAAAAGAAGGUAAGGCUCAGAAUGGUUAAGGGACUUGCUCAGGGUUACAUGGCCAAGAAAUUGCAAUGCCUGGGCUGAACUCAAGAAACCUGGCUGCAAGGUAAGCUGUUUUUUUUUUUUUUUUAGAUGGAGUCUUGCUCUGUCACCUAGGCUGGAGUGCAGUGGUGUAAUCUUGGCUCACCGCAACCUCCACCUCCCAGAUUCAAGCGAUUCUCCUGCCUCAGCCUCCUGAGUAGCUGGGAUUACAGGCACCUGCCACCACAACCAGUUAAUUUUUGCAUUUUUAGUAGAGAUGGGGUUCCACCAUAUUGGCCAGGCUGGUCUUAAACUCCUGAUCUCAGAUGAUCUGCCCAUCUUGGCCUUCCAGAGUUCUAGGAUUACAGAUGUGAGUCAUCACACCCGGCCAUAAUUUUUUUUAAUUAUUUUUUUUUGAGACAGUAUCUCUUGUUGCCUAGGAUGGAGUGCUGUGGCACCAUCUUGGCUCACUGUAACUUCUGCCUCCCAGGUUCAAGCGAUUUUCCUGCCUCAGCCUCCUGAGUAGCUGGGAUUAUAGGUGCCUGCCACCAUACCUAAUUUUUUUGUAUUUUUAGUAGAGAUGGGGUUUCACCCUGUUGACCAGGCUGGUCUCAAACUCCUGACCUCAGGUGAUCUGCCCGUCUUGGCCUCCCAAAGUGCUGGGAUCACAGGUGUGAGCCACCGCACCCAGCCCAAUUUUUGUAUUUUUAAAGUAGACAUGACACUCACCAUGUAAUCCAGGCUGGUUUUGAAUUCCUAGUUUCGAAUUCGUAGAUCACUUCAAGUGAUCUACAAGUCUUGGCCUCCCAAAGUGCUGGGAUCACAGGUGUGAGUCACCGAGCCAGGCCCAAAGUGUGCUUUUGCUAAUUGGAAGGACCGAGAUCCCAGGACUGAAAAAGCACCUGCCCAGGGGCUUCAGGCAUUGUGUGUCUCAGCCCCUGGCCCCAAACCUGUCUUUCCUGGUCCCCACAGCUUGCACACUGCAGGCCCAGCCCCCAUGUCUCCCAGCAGGCUGGGAGGUGUGGGAACCCAGCAGGUCUGAGUUUACUCACCUCCCCUGCUGUGGGUCUACAGAAAUGCCUCCCAGGCUAUCCAGGAGGGGUCAAGAGAUUAAAACGGGUUCAGAGGGCUCAGAUGCCACUCACCAGACAGCAGGGUCGACUGCUAGAGACCCUGAGCCCAGUCCUGGACAAACGGACAGACGCAUGGACAAGCAGAUGCUCCUUGGCCGGCUGUCCACUCUUCUGUGCCUGCUUAGCGGGGCCUUGUCCACAGGCUCAGCAAGGCCUGGACCCCAGGCUCUCCAGCCUCAGUCCUGGGCUGCAGCCAAUCAGACUUGGGCUCUGGGCCCAGGGGCCCCGCCCCUACUGGUGCCAGCCCCAGCCCUUGGGAGCUGGAAGGCCUUCUUGGGCCUGCAGAAAGCCAGGCAGCUGGAUAUGGGCAGGCCGCAGCGUGGGCAGGACGAGGCGGCUGCUGUGACUCUGCCGCUGAACCCUCAGGAAGUGACCCGGGGGAUGUGUAAGGCUGUGCCCUUUGUUCAGGUGCUCUCCCGGCCCGGCUGCUCAGCCACACGCCUCCAAAAUCACCUCUGCUUUGGCCAUUGCUCCUCUCUCUACAUCCCUGGCUCGGACCCCACUCCACUAGUCCUGUGUAACAGCUGCAUGCCCGCUCGCAAGCGCUGGGCACCCGUGGUCCUGUGGUGUCACGCUGGCAGCUCAGCCUCCCGUCGACGGGUGAAGAUAUCCACCGAGCUGAUCGAGGAGUGUCACUGCAGCCCGAAGGCUUGAAUUUAGCAUCGUGGAUGGGUGCACGGGGACAUGCACCUUGGAGAGAUGAGGGGAGAUGGACCAAGAAAGACGUGGACCCGGACAAUGAACUCUGGGUCAAGAGACCAGGGAUGCAGGGUUAGGCAGUCAGGUCCCCGGAGUCUUCACCCUGCUCCUGGACACUCGACACAGCGCCAGUCCUGGAGUCACACCACUGACUGAUAGCACACACUGAUUGACCACUCACUCUUACCAGGACCCGUGUUAGGCAUUUGACAGGUACUAACUCAUGGAAUCCUUACAGCAGCCAAUGGGAUAGCUGCUAACAUCACCCCAUUUUACAGAUGAGCAAACCAAGGCCACUCACCCAGAGUCACACCACAGUAAGCGGCACAGCCAGGAUUCAGAUCCACUCUUUUUUUGGGGGGACAAAGUCUCUCUCUGUUGCCCAGGCUGGAGUGCAGUGGCAUGAUCUCGGCUCACUGCAACCUCCACCUCCCGGGUUCAAGCAAGUCUCCUGCUUCAGCCUCCUGAGUAGCUGGGACUACAGGCACCUACCACCACACCUGGCUAAUUUUGUAUUUCUAAUAGAGAUGGGGUUUCACCAUGUUGGCCAGGCUGGUCUUGAACUCCUGACCUCAGGUGAUCUGCCCACCUCGGCCUCCCAAAGUCCUGGAAUCAAUCCACUGUUAAUCACUAGGCCAAACUAUCUCUUAUAGAAUAAGGUCAAAGACACUCUCAGCUGCAGGGAGGGCAGAUGGCCUCACCCAGACCAAGAGACACAGCGAUGACCUCGUCCUAGGGACACUAAAAAAAAAACGCAAAACGAAAACCAAAGCGGUCAGGCAGACAGCUGCUGGGGGAAAUCCUGGGGUCCCUGAGACAGAGGCAGGACCCACAUGUUCCCAGCUGCCUCUUGCCUUGAUAGUGGCCACUGUGCCCCUCCCAGACCCCCCACCUGAGUCUCCACACAGCCCCAUCGCUGGCGUGGCAUUCCACAGAAACCAUAAAGGUUGGCUGAGUCCAGCUGUC